AUGGCUUCUGAAUACACCAUGAUGGACCCCAUCCAUCUAGUGGAAAAUCAGAAUAAUCAGCUGACAGUAAAUCCAACAGCACUGUAGAUUCUAGACAACAUCUCUCAGCCUGUGGUGGUGGUGGCCAUCGCAGGUCUGUAUCGGACAGGAAAAUCCUACCUGAUGAACCUCCUGGCAGGACAGAACCAUGGAUUCUGUCUGUGUUCCACAGUGCCAUCUGAAACCAAGGGCAUCUGGAUGUGGUGUGUACCACACCCCUCGAAGCCCAACCACACUCUGGUCUUUCUGGUCAUUGAGGGCCUGGGUGAUGUGGAAAAGGGCGAUUCAAAAAAUGACUCAUGGAUCUUUGCCCUGGCCGUGCUUCUGAGCAGCAUGUUUGUCUACAACAGCAUGAGCACCAUCAACCACCAGGCCCUGAAGCAGCUGCACUAUGUGACUGAACUAACAAAGCUAAUCAGGACAAAGUCAUCUCCCAGCUCUGGUGAAGGAGGUGACUCAGCCGAGUUUGCAAGUUUCUUUCCAGACUUUGUUUGGGUUGUCCAGGAUUUCAUGCUGGAGCUGGAGUUAGAUGGAAGGACCAUCACUGAAGAUGAGUACCUGGAGAAUGCCUUGAAGUUGGUUCCAGGGGAAGACCCCAAAAUCCAGCAAGCCAACAUCCCUAGAGAGUAUAUCAGGGAGUUCAUUCCAUAGCGAAAGUGCUUUACCUUUGACCGGCCUACAACUGACAAAAAAUUAUUACACCGUAUGGAUGGGGUGUCAGAAAACCAACUAGAGUGCAGUUUCAAGGAGAAAUUCAAAAAUUUCUGUAACUAUAUCUUCACAGAUGCAAAAACCAAGACUCUCAGAGAGGGAAUCGUUGUCAAUGGAAAUCGGCUGGGGACUCUGGCAAAGGCCUAUGUGGAUGCCAUCAACAGUGGAGCAGUGCCUUGUUUGGAAAAUGCAGUGAAAACCCUGGCUGAGCUUGAGAACUCAGCAGUCAUGCAGAAGGCAGCUGACCACUAUAGUGAGCAGAUGGCUGACAGAGUGAGCUUCCCCACAGACACGCUGCAGGAGUUGCUGGACCUUCAUUCAGCCUCUGAGAGGGAAGCUAUUGCAGUCUUCAUGGAGAACUCCUUCAAGGAUAACAACCAGGUGUUCCAAAAGAAGCUUAUGAUAAUAUGUCUUAAGAAAAAGGAGUAUUUCUUGCUGCAGAAUGAAGAUGCAUCUGGAAAAUAUUGCCGGGCUCAGCUUAAUCAGCUUUCAGAAUCCCUGAUGGAAAGUAUUUCAAGAGGAAUGUUCUCUGUGCCUAAUGGAGUCAAGCUCUACUUAGAAGGAAUAGAUAAGCUUGAACACUCCUAUACCAUGGUGCCCAGGAAAGGUGUGAAGGCAAUGGAGGUCCUCCAGAACUUCAAGCAGUCACAGGCUACAACAAAGGAAUCCAUCCUGCAGGAUGACAAGGCUCUCACUGCUGGGGAGAAGGCUCUAGCAGCUGAGCAGGCCAAAACGGAGGCAGUGGAAAGGGAACAGGAGCUUCUAAAGCAGACACUGAAUGAACAGCAAAAAAUGGAGGGUCUAGAGAGGAGCUUCAAGAAAAGCAUAGCCCUACUGAAGGAGAAGAUGAAGAUAGAAAGAGAAAAUGAAGAGAGAGAAAAACGGGAUAAAAUGGCGGAAUACAUGCAGAGUGUAAGUCUGGGCGUGGGGUGGGCAAAGUCUAAAGGUAAGUAA